AAUCAUUUUCAAAAAUCUAACCUACAAAUUAAUAAAAGUCAAGUUUGCUAACUGAUAAGAAGUGUUGUUCACGUAGUAAAAGAGGUGGAUCAUUUUUAUUCUUCGUCUGACAGUUGACAGUUAACAAUCCAAAAAUGGCUCUGUUCAAUUAUUACUUGGAAAAAUUAGACUUAUUCAAGACGUUGACGCUUGGAGAAGUCCAUAAAGCGCAGUACGAAAUUAACCAAAUCUAUUGCAGGAAAAUAUUCAACGAUAUUUCAGAGUUGAUUUACAGCUUCGAACCGUUGGUCCAUCGAAUGAACGAAUCUGAUCUGAACAACAUAAUUGUACGUAAAAUGGGUGAUUACAUAGAAAAGACCGUAUCGGAAUCUUUUCAUGAUAAAUUAAAGGAAAGGUUCGACACCGAAUCCAAAGAAAGAGUCCAGAUUCAGAAGAAAUUCAUCCUCAAACUCAUAGAUGUGUUCACCAACAGUUCCUUUCUUGUUCAAGAUGGGGGAGCUGCAAGUCAGAUGAAUGCUGAUGAAUGGAGAUGUUCAAAGGACACAGGACAAAAGAAACAAAAUAUAUUGUAAGAGUAUGUACAAAGAAAUUUCUGUGUUGAUUCGGUCCACCGCAUGAACGAGUUUGAUCUAAACAAGAUAAUUAGACGUGAAAUUAUUGACCCCGUAAAAAAGAUUAUAAAUGAAUCUUAUCAUGACACAUUAAGGGAAAUUCCGAUAUCAAGAGCAAGGAGAGGAUGCAGAUUCAGAACAAACUGUUUGAAGUGUUCACAAACUGUCUUUUUGUUAUCGAAGAUAGUGGCAAUGCAACUGGGAUCUUUGCGUUUGUAGAACGUAUUUCAUAAAAAUGUUACUAUUAUUAUAAUUGAAAACAAUUUUAAUA